AUGGCGACUGGGCGUCUUGGAGUGGGAGACACUCUGGGGGCCCUCAACGCGGCCCUGGGGCCUGGCGGCCCAGUGUGGUUCAAGGAAACACGCGCCCGCCACCUGCGUGCCCGAGACUUCCUGGCGCCGCGGCGCGCGCUACAGGCGCGCUUCGAAGACGGGCAGGUGCCCGAGAGUGUGUUCCGUGCCAUCGCCUCCCUGCAGGGCCCCUCUGUCGCCCCGGUGCUGCACUGCGUACCGACCCCCGCGGGCCUGUCGCUCCAACUGCAGCGGCCUGCCGUCUUUGAGCGAGUCCUCGGCGCCGUAGCCGCCUAUGCCGCGCCCGCCACGCCUGCCUCGCCGGGUCGGCGCGUCGUCCUGCACUGCCCUGCGCUGCGCGGCGCCCCCUGCGGACUCCGCCUGAGCCAGCUGCGUGCCGUGCUCGUUGCCGACCAUCUGGCGCGAGCUCUGCGCGCUCACGGGGUGUGUGUGUGCCUGGUGCCCGCUGUGCGGGACCCGCACAUGCUGACUUUCCUGCAGCAACUGCGGGUGGACUGGCCCGCUGCCUCGGAGAGAGCCUCCACCAAAACUCUGAGGAGUCGCGCACUUGCGGAGCUUACCUCUGCUCAUGACGGAGGGAUACUGGCCUCCGGCGUCCUAGGCAGACUGUACCUGAAGGAGCUGGUGGAAGAACAGGGCCGUGCAGCUGGCUAUGACCCCAAUUUGGACAACUGUCUGGUUACUGAGGAUCUGCUCUCUGUGCUGGCUGAGCUGCAGGAGGUUGUGCAGCAUUGGCCAGAGGACAGCGACCCAGGCCUGGCUGGGGCCCCAGAUGCUGGUACAGACAGCUGCAUGGUUGUACAUGUGGUGAGCUGUGAGGAGGAGUUCCAGCAACAAAAGUUGGACCUGCUUUGGUGGAAGUUGGAUGACCAGGCUCCUCUCAGACAGAAGUACCUGGUCUGUGGCCCAGUGAAAGUAGCUGGUGCACCUGGCACUCUGAUGACUGCCCCUGAAUACUAUGAGUUACGGCAUACCCAGGUGUGCAAGACCUCAGCACUGAGGCAUGGUGGGGAUUUGGCACAAGACCCAGCCUGGACAGAGAUCUUUGGGGUUCUCUCUGUGGCCACCAUCAAGUUUGAGAUGCUAAGCACAGCCCCACAGAGUCAGCUUCUCCUGGCCCUGGCCAACAGCAGCAUCUCCACGAAGGGCACAAAGAGUGGUACCUUUGUCAUGUAUAAUUGUGCCCGUCUUGCCACACUCUUUGAGGGUUUCACACACAGUGUGGAGCAAGGUCUGUACCCCACUUUUCCACCCGUGAGCAGUCUGGACUUCUCACUACUACGUGAUGAGGGUGAGUGGUUGCUGCUCUUCAACAGUAUCCUCCCAUUCCCUGACUUGCUGAGCCGGAUAGCAGUUCAGGCCUUCACAGCCCCAGGACGCCACAUCACUGCACACACAGAGACGGUGUGCAAGUUCCUAGUACAGCUCAGCAUGGAUUUCAGCUCAUACUACAACCGGGUACACAUCCUAGGGGAGCCUCAACCACACCUCUUUGGUCAGAUGUUCGCCCGCCUGCAACUUCUGAGGGCCGUGCGUGAGGUGCUCCACGCUGGCCUGGCUAUGCUGGGCCUCCCUCCACUAAACCACAUCUAAGGCCACAAAGGCCCCAGUAUCUGGGAAUAUUCACAAAGUCAUCAACUAGAAAAGAAACAAAAACCAUAGAUGUUGUUAGGCGCCUAGAGCCAAAAUAAAUCGCUUCUGUUACGAA